AUGCAAACAACUACACCGAUCCUGGCUGCUCUUGCUGCGACCACUGCUCUGGCGCAGACAGCAGCUGGUGUUUGGCCACAAACCAAGACCAAUCUAGGGGUCUCAUUUGGAGAUAACAUCAUAACUCCAGGGGUCUGGAUAAAAUCCAAACGUAUGCUAAUUUCGUCCAAAAUAGAUACUACAUACCCGACCGUGUAUCCCGGCUACUCUACAAGCUCCUACCCGGGAACAUAUAUGCUCAUGAUGGUGGAUUACGAUGUUGCUGAUUCGGCCUUCGCCACGUUGGACCAAUACUCAAGCCUUAUACCUGGCCGAUUGGUCAACACAACAGCUCGUCUGCACUGGUGGGGAUGGAACUACACACUGCAGGACGGGAAAUUCAUCAACUCUAGCAAUGCUCUGGCGUCGUAUCACCCUGCGCAGCCUGCAACAAGCAGAGUACACGACUUUACCUUAUUCCUGUUUUAUCAGCCACAGGACUAUGCUCCACCGCAGGAUGUCCUGGAUGGCCUGUUAGAGGAGCAUGAUCCAAGGCAUAACUUCACGUUGGCUCCUAUUGUUGAAGCUGUCGGUAAUCCACUGGCUGCAACGUAUUUUUGGAGUUCGACGCCUGGUGUGCCGGAUAACAGCUCAGCGACGUACUCGUACUCCUACGGGAAGAUUUAA